AUGGGCAGCAGACCCAAGCACAACAACAUCGACGCACUCUCCACAGCCAUCCAGAUCUGCUGGCUCACUUCGCCUUUUGUUGCAACGAACCUUCGCCUGCACCUUCCCAACGUCGUCGAACAGUCUGCUGUCGUUGCCACCUCCCAGCUGUCAUCAAGCCAACAUCCCCCGUUCAGCCGCGAUCCGCCGCUGCGGAACCUGCGAGACACACUCUCUAACCCAUUCCGCGUCCAUCGCUUUCCGUACGAUUUGGUUCGCUACACUCAGCAACGUGUAAUGGCUGCCAGCGAAGCUGCCGUCUCCGCCGCGCUCGGUGGCAGGGCCGACCGACGCUCUCCACUCCCGGCUUCGCAGUCGAAGCGAGAUCGCAAGCGUCAGGUGGUCAUGGAACGGCUCGCGUCCCUGACGGACAAGUUUCAGGACGACAAAGAUUCCGUCUACCGCGACCAGCUACAGAAGAUCCAGUUCGAAGUCGGCCAGCUGCAACGGUUCGACCCCUACGCCCCCGACGCGCUCGACGUCGCCGCCGAGCUCGAAAGGGAACACAGGCAGACGGCGGUGGCCCCCGUUCAUGCCGAGGGCGCCCGAAGCCUCAUGGACAUGGCUGGCGUGCAGCUGCCCCAGUUCAUGUCCGACAUUCAGGAUCUGUGGGAGAGGCGCGAUUUCGCGCUGACAAACUCCAAGAACGAGCACGACCGCAAGCUUCAAGAGUACAAGAGCACCUUUACCUUCAAGGCAGCGACGGCGAGACGAGAGCACGCGGCGCUCAACAGCACGAUGCGUGAUCGGCUCAUCAAUCAGCUGGUCAAUAAGAAGAAUCGUCUGGUCAAGGAGAAGGAGGCAUUCGACAUCAGCGAGACAAAUGCCUUGCUCCUCAACCCUGCCCAGUUCAGCCUCGCCAACCCGGGCAGCCCGGGCGGGCAUCCCGGGAAGCGGACGACGCGGAACCGCAAGGAGGCCGACGACUUCUCCGAUGGAAGGAAGAGGAAGAGGAACUUUGGCGACGACGAUGGCUCGCCCGCGCCGUCGAGGCGAGCGCUCGACGGAACGAGCACCACGCCCCUUUGGCAGUCGGAGAAGGCUCGGGUCGAGGUGAGGAAGAAGGGAGCGGUCUACAGCAUCGGCAGCCUUUUUACGGAGAAGGAGCUGUCGAUGCACUACAACUCGGCGGCCAUAGCGGCCCACAGGACCAUGGUACGGCACCGCGUGAACGGCAGCUGCUCGUCCCCGGACGACAGCGACUCGGCCAACGGGGACAGCAACGGCCAGGUCGACGGCGAGUCCCAGCCAUCGGCCACGCUGGCGGAGCAGCAGCAGCCGCCGCAUGCGACGCGCAGCACGCGCGGGACGGCGAACCAGAACUUCCUCGACGACAAAAUCAUGGGCAUGGAGGGCGUGGCCAACUUUGAGCUCCCCCACAACCUCGAUCUCUUGCACGCGCAGGCGGACCCCAAGAUCCCCGUCGGCUUGCCCGGGCAUUACCUCAAAGCGUCGGCCAAGGUGACGGCGGAGCAGUCGGCGCUUCCUGCGACGAGCGACAGCGACCUCAAGUCGGACCUGCAGAUCAUCGCCGCGCUCAAGAACUACGACUACAGCCGGAAGCCGGGCAGCCACCUCGACAACCCGAGGGGUCUCCGGAAGACGUUUGAGACCGUCUCGGUUCCGUAUCGUGCCGGAAAGUAUCUCGGGAUCGCGGCCCUGCGACGCGACGAGGAGGAAGCAGUCGCUUUCGGCGAGACGCUCGAAGCGAGCGGGCCAUAUUCCGGCCUGCGCGAUGGUCUCCAGGCGCCGCCGAUGAGCCGGCAGAGCAGCUUUGGCGGCGGCGGCGGCGGCGUUGCCAUGAGCCGACAGGGCACGACUAGCAGCGGUCGCGGCCGAGGGCGCAAGACAUGA